AUGAAGGCUCUUAUUCUCGUCGGUGGUUUUGGCACCCGCCUCCGACCUCUUACCUUGACAAUGCCCAAGCCCCUGGUCGAGUUUGCCAACAAGCCCAUGAUUGAGCACCAGAUCGAGGCCCUUGCCGAGGCUGGUGUCACCGACGUCGUCCUUGCCGUCAACUAUCGCCCAGAGAUCAUGGAAAACGCCCUGUCAGAGUACUCCAAGCGUUUCGGGAUCAACAUCACCUUCUCAGUCGAGACGGAACCCCUGGGCACUGCCGGCCCCCUCAAGCUGGCCGCCGACACCCUCCUCAAGGAUGACACCCCCUUCUUUGUCCUCAACUCGGACGUCACUUGCGAAUACCCAUUCAAGGAGCUCAUCGCGUUCCACAAGAAGCACGGCAACGAGGGCACCAUCUGCGUCACAAAGGUCGAGGAGCCCUCCAAGUACGGUGUCAUUGUACACCAGCCUGGCCACCCGUCCCGCAUCGAGCGCUUCGUCGAGAAGCCCGUCGAGUUCGUCGGGAACCGCAUCAACGCCGGCAUCUACAUCCUCAACACGUCGGUGCUCGACCGCAUUGACCUGCGCCCAACGUCCAUCGAGCAGGAGACCUUCCCCGCCAUGGUCAGGGACGGUGAGCUGCACUCGUUCGACCUCGAGGGCUUCUGGAUGGACGUCGGCCAGCCAAAGGACUUCAUCGCCGGCACCGAGCUCUACCUGAGGUCCCUGGAGAAGAGGAAGUCCAAGCUCCUGGCAUCGCACACCGAGCCGUACGUCCACGGCAACGUCAUGAUCGACCCCUCGGCCAAGAUUGGCAACAACUGCAAGAUAGGGCCGCAUGUUACUAUCGGCCCCAACGUGGUGAUCGGAGACGGUGUCCGCCUGCAGCAGUGCGUGCUCCUGAAGGGAUCCAAGGUCAAAGACCAUGCUUGGGUUAAGAAGACCAUCGUGGGAUGGAACAGCACCGUCGGCAAGUGGGCGCGCCUUGAGAACGUGACGGUCCUCGGCGACGACGUCACGGUCGGCGACGAGAUCUACGUUAAUGGCGGAAGCGUCCUGCCUCACAAGUCCAUCAAGGCCAACGUGGACGUCCCUGCCAUCAUCAUGUAG